AUGACUGCGUCGGAGGUAGCUCACAACAGCCCGCCAGAGAUGGAGGUAUACAAUGACUCGUCAGAAGCUGAGAAGUACCCCGAGAAGCCUGAUCUCGGAGAGAUUGAUCCGUUUGGAAAUGAAGAAUCUGGGGAAGUGAAGUAUCGUGUUAUGAAGUGGUGUCCUCGUCUAACUCAAUUGUCAGUGAUGGUCGCGGAAAAUAUCUCACUUGGAAUCAUGUCUCUUCCUUCAGCCGUGGCAACUCUCGGCAUUGUCCCUGCCCUUCUCAUCAUUCUUGGCUUGUCUGGCAUCUCAUGGUAUACAGGCUAUGUAUGUGGUCAAUUCAAGUUGCGCUACCCCCAUGUGCAUAGUAUGGGAGAUGCUGGCGAGCUUCUCCUCGGCCCAAUUGGUCGAGAGAUUUGCUACGUCGGUCAGCUCUUGUUUAUUAUCUUCUUGAUGGCUAGCCACAUCCUUACAUUUACUGUCACAUUUAACACUAUCACCAACCACGGCACCUGCACCAUCGUCUUUGGAGUCGUGGGUCUGGUCGCGUGCUCUAUCGCUUCCCUUCCCCGAACAUCCGGAAAGGUGUUCAUGAUGUCCACUAUCUCCGCCAUCAGUAUUCUGAUCGCUACUAUUGUCACCAUGGUUUCAGUUGCAGUUCAAGCCCCAGAGCACGUCGUGAACGAUGUCACCACCUCGCCCACCUUUUCCGACGCUUUCCUCGCCGUGACCAACAUCGUUUUCGCUUUCAUCGCCCAUGUGUCUUUCUUCGGUAUCAUUUCUGAGAUGGAGGACCCACGGCAGUUUCCUAAGUCCUUGGCUAUGCUUCAAGUUGUUGAUACCACCAUGUACGUUGUGUCGGCAAUGGUCAUAUAUGUGUAUGCAGGACCAGAUGUGGAAUCUCCUGCUCUCUCCUCUGCCGGACCUCUGAUGAAAAGAGUUGUCUAUGGUUUGGCCAUCCCAACGGUCAUCGUUGCUGGUGUGGUCUUUGGCCAUGUGGCAUGCAAAUAUAUCUAUGUUCGAAUCUUCCGUGGCGAGCGAUCGCACCACAUGCAUCAGAGGAGUUUCCUGGCCACGGGUACUUGGGUUGCUAUUUGCCUUAGUACCUGGACUAUUGCCUGGAUUAUCGCAGAGUCUAUUCCUGUUUUCAACGACCUGCUGAGUUUGAUUAGUGCUCUCUUCGGAAGUUGGUUCAGCUACGGUCUGCCUGCCAUCUUCUGGCUGCUCAUGAACAAGGGAGAAUGGUGGUCCUCGCCCAAGAAGAUCCUUUUAACAAUUGUUAACUUCCUUAUUUUGGGGAUUGCCUGUGCUAUUUGCGGACUGGGUCUGUAUGUCUCGGGCAAGUCAAUUCACGAUAGCUCAGACAGUAACAGCUGGACAUGUGCCAGCAACGCCAUUUAA